AACACUCUAAACCCGAGUAUACGUUCCUAUCCUCUGGCCGAGUAUUCUUAUUUCAAAAAAAGAAAGAGAGAGAAAAAUCAACUACAGUUCUACACGCUCCAGAUCCGACGGGAUCCCGGCUUAUAAGCCGUUCCUCUCUCCUUCUCUCCUCUCGCCACAUGGCCUUUUCUCAGCUUGCCGCCCCAGCCGCUCUCUUCUCUUCAAAAUCCCACCCCAUCUAUUCGACGAUUUGCCUCACCCAAACCAUCUCUCCAUCAUGGAGCACCCGGCCCCGGCUCCGGCCCCGGCCCCGGCCCAGGCCCCGGCCCAAGCCCAGGCCCAACAGCCCUGUGUCGACGACCUCUCAGACGACCUCCAGAGCAUGAGUUUCAGCUCCUCCACUGACAUCACGAGCUCCAGCUCCGACACCAUCACCACCACAACAACCUAUACAUCCAUCCGAGCCCACACCUCUGAUGAUGCAUGCUGGGACGCCAUCCGACGGUCCAAAUCGGAGACGGGCGGGGCCCUGGGGAUGUCAGACCUGAGGUUCCUCCAGAGGCUGGGGAGCGGGGACAUCGGGAGCGUCUAUCUGGCGGAGCUAAAGUGCGCCGAGGGGUACAUGUUCGCAGCGAAGGUGAUGAAUAAGAAGGAGCUGGCGGGGAGGAAUAAGGAAGGGAGGGCGAGGACAGAGAGGGAAAUACUGGAUAUGUUGGAUCAUCCGUUUCUGCCCACUCUCUACGCUGCGAUGGAGAAUGGGAAGUGGUCUUGUCUCCUCACCGAGUUCUGCACGGGCGGGGAUCUCCACGUCCUGAGGCAGAGGCAGCCUGGAAAGCGAUUCGAUGAGUCUGCCGUCAGGUUCUAUGCAUCAGAGAUUAUUGUAGCUCUUGAAUACGUCCACAUGAUGGGGAUUGUCUACCGUGAUCUGAAGCCUGAAAACGUGCUCGUGAGAGCGGAUGGUCACAUCAUGUUGACGGAUUUCGAUCUCUCGCUGAAAUGUGACAAUCCGGCAUCCACUGCACAGAUCGUCACCAACCCGAUCCCGAUGCCCUCUAACACUUGCAACGACUACUCUACCGACCCACCUCCGUUCGCAUCGACAUCAUGCAUUCUCCCCAACUGCAUCGUCCCUGCAGUCUCUUGCUUCCACCCCAAACGCAAGCGCAAGAAGAAGCCAGGCCGCAAUCGUGGUGUGCCAGAGUUUGUAUCAGAGCCUGUGGACGUGCGGUCCAUGUCAUUCGUUGGGACCCACGAGUACCUGGCACCCGAGAUAGUCUCAGGGGAAGGCCAUGGCAGUGCGGUGGAUUGGUGGACGCUGGGGAUAUUUGUGUUUGAACUCCUAUAUGGAGUGACACCCUUCAAGGGAGGAGACAAUGAGAUGACAUUGGCGAACAUAGUGGCCCGGGCACUUGAAUUCCCCAAGGAUCCACCCGUUGGGGGUCCCGUCAAGGACCUCAUAGCUGGUUUGUUAGUGAAAGACCCUACAAGGCGAAUGGGAUCUACCAUGGGAGCUGCUGCAAUCAAACACCACCCCUUUUUUCAAGGGGUCAAUUGGGCAUUGCUGAGGUGCACACCACCACCGUACAUUCCCCCACCCUUUACAUGCAGGGACCUCUCAGAUGACAGUUGCCCUGAUACUCCAGUAGAGUAUUACUAAAGCAAAUAUACCGUGUAAAAAAAAAAAAAUUUACACAAAGAACUCUCCAUGGCGCGUCACCCAUCCGCGAAUAGUAAUUUCUCAAUUUUCAGUGGGCCGUCUCCAAUGAUAGAUUGAUCUGUUGGCCAGUAUGGAAACCAAAAGCUCAAAGUAGGCCAUGUUGGGGCCUGGUGUCCUUGGGAUAUGGGACACUACACUAUCUUUGUGUCAUAGGGUUGAGCAUGCGGCCAAUUAGUUUGGUUUUUCUUCAAAGAUGUAUCAUACGCGAAAUUUUUGUUUUUUGUGUUUUUUUUUUUUUUUUUUUACGUGGGUCAUGUCUUCAUUGGUCGCGGCCACAGAUCUGUAUACGGUGACAUGGAGCUGGCGCGUGCGGGAGACACGUUGGGCAUGGCAUGAUAUGUCGUUGACUCAUCGGAGUGGGGCGUGGGGACAUGAUGAAGCAAGUCUCAUACAUAGGCUUGGGAUUCCUUGUUGUCUGCUUGUGCCGAGCAUGCCCCACCCACGUGUGGUGUCCAUUCCAAGAGGGAAUAUGAGAGGUGCUCUCAUAUUGCAUUCUUUUUACAGUUUGUCAUGUGGGUGCAUUCAUUCAAACUCUCCUCAAUUUAUGUUUAUUUUAUUAUUAAAUCCACAUACAGAUUAUAUAAAAUAUCCAGAAUAUUCUAGACUCA